CAACGGAGCGGGCAGCGUGCGGCGUUUCCUGCCUUGGGCUCCAGAACAAAGCGCUGUUAGCGCUCGCUCGGCUCCCGCUCCGAGAGGGGCUCGCACCAAACUGGCUUACCAGAGGAGAUCAAGAUGAGUCUACGGAAGCAGACCCCCAGUGACUUCCUAAAACAGAUCAUUGGAAGGCCAGUUGUUGUGAAAUUAAACUCUGGAGUUGAUUAUCGAGGUGUCCUGGCUUGCCUGGAUGGAUAUAUGAACAUAGCUCUGGAGCAGACUGAGGAGUAUGUAAAUGGACAGUUAAAGAACAAGUAUGGAGAUGCAUUUAUCCGAGGAAAUAAUGUGUUGUACAUAAGCACCCAGAAGAGGAGGAUGUGAAGAUGCCAGAAGGAGGCUGUUUUUUUUGUACUUGUGAGCCUCUUUGAAGUGAUGAGCCUUAUUUGAUUUGUAGUUCAAAAUCCACAGGUGAAAUACACAAGUGUUUAAGUAUUUUUUUUAAAUAAAUGUAAAUGUGAGUGUAAACUGCCUGAAUGCUUUUGUUUCAAAGCAUUGCUUUGUUCCAUUGUACAAAAGAAAAAUAAAAAGGAAGCUUGUAAUAGUGCUGCAAGACUAA